AUGGCCAAAUAUCAGCGCCUUCUGGAUGAAGGUAGCUCGGAUGGUUCUGACCAUCUUGAAGCUCACUAUGAAUCUUCCGGCAUGGCAAAGCGUGAUCGGAAGCUUACCAUUCGCAUCAGAUAUGCCUUCCUUCUACUGCUAGCGACAGUGGGCUUCCUCGAUUUGACAUACCGGGCAUACAUCAUGAUCCGCUCUCGCAAGCCAAUAUCCUGUAACUGUGGAGAGACGGUUGAAGAAGCCAUCGCCAACAACUGCAGAUAUGACUCGAUUGCCGCUGCCUGGCUCCCUCCCGCCUGUCGAAAUGACGAACUUCUGGAGCAAUUCGAGACAUCUGGCCCCAACUCUGACGGGAGCUGGAUGUACUAUGCUGAUAAAAACAAAACACGGGUCCUAUCGCUCGAAGAAGUGUCCAUGCUUCCUAAAACUGGAUCGCACUUCUUUACCACACAUCAGUGGCAUCUUGUGCAUUGUGCAUACUACUGGAAGAAGAUGUUCCUAGCUGCUGAGAUGGGUACGGUGAUUGAAGCUCGGUAUAAUAACCUUGCUCAUAUCAAUCACUGCGAGAUGAUGUUUCUAAAGCGUGAUGCAUUGGAUACAAUUGUGACCGAGGCGGGCGUGUCACUGCAUUCCGAUCGAAUGGUUGUUGCGAAGAAACAUGGCCAUAAAGGGCAUAUGCACGAAGGAAGUGACGGCAUGAGCGAGGAAACUGGCUAUUAG